AUGCUGCAGCUCUAUGGCCAGGGCGUCAUUUCGGUCCACGAGGAUGUGGCCAACUCGCCGCUUCCGCCCACCUGGGGCGACAACUCCUCGGGCGCCACGGCUGCUGCCACCGGCUCCGGGCCCGACUGUCGGAGCCCGUCGCCCACCGGCUCCGGGGCAGGGGCCUCCUCGGCGGAUGCCGGGGCGUCGGCCAGCUCGGCCCGCCGGCACCUGUAUGUGUCCUUCACGCCGGACCCGAACUCGGUGCGCUUCCAGCGACUGGCCUCGUCCCUGCGUCUGGAUCUGGACCAGCGCCGCAUCGCGGCCCUCAUGCUGGUGGAUGCCUUCUUCAAGUUGUCGGAGGCUCGGCGCGAGGCGCGCAUCGGCAUGGACUUCCUGCUGGAGCCGCCGGCCGGUGCUCGCAACCAUCACCAGGCCGGCGGGCCGAUGCUGCCGGCGGCCGCCAGCCCCGAGCAGCACGCCGCCGAGGCGACACCUGCCGGCGCCGCUGCCCCGGCCCCGACGACGGCCGAGGCCCCCGGCGCCGCCACCCCUGGGGCCGAUGCUGCCCAGCCCCGGCUGCCCAUCAUCCAGCAUGAUGUGGAACUUCCCUCGGGGGCCGUGUGGACCAUGGACCUUGGGCGCUUCCUUCGCCGGCAUGAGCUGGCCCUGGAGUAUGUCAAGCUCUAUGGCACGGUGUCCAGCUUUGUUCGCCGGUGCCGAAGCACCUCCCUCUCGGACGAGACCAUUCGCGAGUUCAUGUCGGACGAUGUGGCCGCGGUGCACGCGCGCGGCGCGGCCGCGCCUCCCACCACCCCGACCGGCGCUCCGCUGGAGACCUACUUCGAGAUCGUCGGCAACGAGCACGACCAGUACAUCAUUCGCCGGCGCAAGUAG